CUGAAUGACACAUUUACUGCAGCUCUCAGAAUCUGUGUCUGUUCAUCAUGACACCAUCUACCUCAAGAAGCAACACUUUUAUUCUGCUGUUUUAUCUGCUUUUUCCAUUUAUACACACCAGCUGUCCUAAAAAAUGUGCCAAUGGUUAUAACGUACACGAUUGUAAGUGUGAAAGUAAUUGUUACCGGCAACUCAAACAAGGAAUCCAGACAUGUCAACGCUGCACUGAAAUGUGUUCUGAGGAUAAAAAUCAGAUGGAAGUAACUCCAUGCACUCUGGAAAGUAAUCGGGUGUGCUUCUGCAAACCUGGAUUUUACUGUGAGAAAAGAUACAAUUAUGACACAUACUGCCAUAAACCAUGUGUUCCCUGUGAGAUGGGCACAUUCUCCAGCAAACCUUCUCUGAACCCAGCCUGCACACGUCAUAAAGAUUGUGCUCAGUUGGGAAUGAUAACACUGAAGGAGGGCACAACGACACAAGACAGAGAGUGUGUGUAUACCACAACAAAGAUGGCAUCAUUGUCCACCCUCUCCAGUACCAAUAAUACCAUCUAUAUCAAUACAACUUCCACCCCGAGGACAGCAAUCCAUGGGAGCUUGGACAAAGAGGGCACAGCGACACAGGACGGAGAAAGUGUGUAUGCCACAACAAAGAUGGCAGCGUCAUCAACCCCCUCCAGUACCAAUAAUACUAUCUAUACCAAUUCAACUUCCACCCUGAGGACAGAGGGCAUACCACAACCCAUAGACCAGGACAAAGAGAAAAGGGAGUUCCAUUGGCUGCUGCUACUAAUCUUACUUCUGAUGCUCUUGUUCAUGGCUGGAUUUUGUAUGCUGAUGAAAGGCAAGGCCCUGAAAACCCUUUCAAAAUGCUUCGGUUUAAUAAAUGGAGAACAUGAAGAACAGCAGCACUCGAGUCUGAUGGCAGGUGACCACCAAAUUUUGUCCAAUUCCCAAUCCAACAGCUCAAUAGACAUGGAGACUAAGAUACCGCUCGGCAGUGAUGUCAGAGAGGUCAAAGGUCAGAGUAUGGAGAUGAUACCCCAAUCUGGGGUUGUGCGGCAGGUCACAGUCGAGCACAAUGGGAGGGGUGAGAACGUCAACAAUACUGUAGGGUCCAUCUACAUCUACUCUCCUGGAACAGUGAUUUUAGGCUCUAACUCGGGCGAUAAAAAGGAAGAGGCAGGAGUUUGCGAAGAAGCCCGUCCCCUCAUUGGCUCACCACAGCAAGAGUCAAAUCCACCCUCACAGGAGGUCAGAAUAAGAAUGAGUGCACAGGAAGAGGCCGAGGAGGAACUAAGCUUGAGUUUUCCUGUGCCAGCAACUGGAAAGUGAGAACUUAAAUAUGUGGUUUCUUGCAUGAACUUCAGAAUUACCUUCAAAAAGGUUCCAUGUUGAAUCACAAGGCUGAAAAUCACAAGUGGCCAGAUGUAAGAUCCCUGGUAGAUCGAGGCAUGAUAUUGAAUGCCAAGGUCAUGGUUUUACUUCCUGAGGAACACGCAUGCUAACAUAAUGUAUAGGUUAGGCUACCUUGAAUGAACUGUUGAGUCGUAUACCGAAUGCACAAAUGUUCUAGAUGGAGAGCGUCGAGUAAUGAGUUUUGCUUUUUUGCACAUUAAGAUGAUUUACGCUUAAUUGAUGUUUGUCAAUUUUACAAGAAAUGCACGUCUGAAUUGCUGCUGCAGCAAAAAAAAAUAUUUCAGACAAAAUGUGCUUUUCCUCUUAGAGACACUGUAUGAAGAAUGUUUGCACAGGAGGUACAGACUAAAGGGUGAGAAAACACCCACGAAGGUGUUAUGACUAUGAGGUUUUCAUAACAUGUAUCCUAUAAGACAGAGGCAAUAAAACUAAAAUGCAGGUGAUGUGCAUGAAUUGUUUUAUCGUUUAAGUGAGUGGUCAAGAACUAAGAGACUUCAUCUGUAUGUUUAAACACAGGCUUUUGUUCUACCAUGUGGGUGUUUAAUAUGCAUGUCUAAAAAUACCCAACCUCACCUCUGGAAAGAAGGCGUCUGAUUUUACUUCUGUAGGAGUUCGGGGCAGACUGCGUUUACCCUGCAACCUUUACAGCACAUCUUAAAAAGGACAUUUCUAUAUUGUGAUGGAGUGCUUUCAUACAUUUCACAUCCUCCAUUCACUUUAGCAUGUGUGUUUGUCUUGUUUUCAGUCUCGCUACACAUGAGCUUUAUUUAUUUUGGUUUGUUUUUCUUCAUUGAUAUUUGUCUUUGGCAGUGUACAUUGAGGUUUUGUAAAUUAAUGUGUUCUGAUGCAAAGCAAUAAAAGCAAAUAAUGAAAUGAAA